AUGGUAGCAGCUUGUGAAAAUUGUUCUGAUGUUGUAAAAUAUUUAGUUAAAUUAUCAAAUGUUGAUAUUGACUUACAAAAUAAUGAAGGUGAAUCGGCAUUAUAUCAAGCUGCUUCUAUGGGUAAUGCUGAAGUGGUUGAUAUAUUAAUAGAUGCUAAUGCUAAUGUUGAAUGUUGUAAUAAUGAAAAUAUUACACCACUUAUUAUUGCCGCUUAUCAUGGCCAUGCCGAAGUUUGUCGUGUUCUUAUUGACCAUGGUUAUGCCAACGUAAAUUUUCAAGAUAGUUCUCAAAAAACCGCUUUAUCAUUAGCUUGUUUUGAAGGUCAUGUUGAAGUAACUAAAAUUUUAUUGGCUCGAGGUGCAAAUGUGCGCAUUACGGAUAAGUAUGGAUGGACUGCAUUAAUGUUUGCUUCUUAUAAUGGACAUGAAGCAGUAUGUCAAUUGUUAUUGGAAUAUAAUUCAGAUAGUUCAGUUAAAACGAUCAACGGAAAAACGGCAAUUAUACUUGCACAUGACGCUAAACAUACUAAUGUAGCAAAUUUAAUUGAGAGAUUCAAUAAUAAUAAUAAUAGUAGUAGUAAUAAUAAC